AUGGUCCUUCUCUUUCAGCCCUCCCAAGUAAUUCGGCAACCAUCGGCCGAGGGACUCCAUAUUUGCUUUGAUAGUGCUGCUAGCAUACUUGACAGCUAUCAACGAUUGCAUGAUCUACGCAGCCUUCAUUUCGGAUGGAGAGCGGUGCAGAAUAUUUUCGCAGCUGGUGCCACGCUCAUCUACUCUUUCUGGACCUGCCCAGUCGUUCGCAAAACAGUCUCACAGACUGCAAUGUCCAGGAAUCUCCGAAACUGCUCUUCCCUUCUUACCAUUGGAGGUGAGUGGUGGCCGUCGGCGAGAGAUGGCCAAGCGAGCUUUGGGUCGGUAGCAGACUUGACGAUGAGGAGGCUUUACAUGGAGAGCGCCUCCAAUAAAGCCCCACGACUGUCUCAACACCAAGCAGGUCCCCAUCGACACGCAGACCUCGAGGACGAAGACGGAACCGAACAUCCAAUGCCAAAUCAACUACAAUUAUCAGAGAAUAUCAAUGAGGCCCAGAUCACUGAUUCAAAUUCUGUAUCUACAUGGCAAGGUUUGGAUCUGGAUGUUGGAGAAACGACUGAUCAGUUUAACUGGCCUGAGAUUGAGGACGGAUUUGACCCAGAGAUUGAACUAUUCCUAGCGGAUUUCACCAGGUCUGACUUUACCUGGAGCUUUCCUUUGAACAAUAACCAAGAUAAUGACGCCUUUGGAACACACUCGCACUAG